UGUGAUGCUGCCACGCAGCGCCUCUAGGGCCGUGCACGUGCUGACAGAGGAGAGAGGGAGGUGGGAGCGAGAGACUGAGAGCAGUCAUUGUGCGUGAAGGACCAUGUCAGUCCGGAGAGGCAGGAGUUAGAAAAAGGAGGAAGAAGAACCCGGUCACCAGGAACCUUGUCCGGCACCUGAGACAGACGAAACCCCCGGCGACGGAAACAUGCGAUUUGACAGACAUUUGCGCGCGCGUAGUUCACUUUUGCCUCCGCAAACACCAACAGGGAGUUCACAUGUUCCUGCGCGUCGACGACGAGGAAAUGUUUAGACGCCGACUGCCGGCAGAGCCCCGCGGAGUUUGGACGUGUGUUUCGUAGCUCGACAUCGUGUAUGAAGACACAUUAGCGACGAGGAGCACCGCGAAUGUAGUCUUCAGGUGGGAAAUCGAAACCCCCCCCCCUGUACCUGCCGGUGUCUUCCCUGCGGUCUCCCUUCCGUGUGUGUGUGUGUGUUUGUGUGCGUGUGUUUCGGUCUUCUCGCGGUGCCGUGUGGGUAAAGUGAGGCGAGGAUGCAGGUGAAGAAGCAGCGAGACUCGGACCGGAGCGGCGGGGACAUGCUGGAAGGAGACGGCCUCCGCAAAAACCCCUCAUGCUUCUCAAAUAUCAAGAUAUUUUUGAUAUCGGAAUGCGCCCUCAUGUUGGCCCAGGGCACCGUCGGAGCAUACCUGGUGAGUGUGUUAACAACCCUGGAGCGGCGGUUCAACCUGCAAAGUGCUGACGUAGGAGUGAUAGCCAGCAGCUUCGAGAUAGGGAACCUGGCUCUAAUCCUAUUUGUCAGCUACUUUGGGGCCAAAGCACAUCGGCCCCGUCUGAUCGGUUGCGGGGGCAUCAUCAUGGCGCUCGGCGCCCUUCUCUCAGCUCUGCCUGAGUUUCUAACGAAGCAGUAUGAGAUAGGGAAAAUGUGGAGAACUGAGGUGGGUCGGGACGUUUGCUCCAACACCAGCAGCACUGACGCCCAGCAGGGUGAAGACGCAGUGUGCAACAACAGGACCAACACCAACAUGAUGUACCUGCUGCUGAUUGGAGCCCAGGUCCUGCUGGGGAUUGGAGCCACACCAGUGCAACCUCUUGGGGUGGCCUACAUCGAUGAUCACGUGAAGAAGAAAGACUCAUCACUCUAUAUAGGAAUCCUCUUUUCUACUCUGGUGUUCGGGCCUGCCUGUGGUUUCAUCCUUGGCUCCCUCUGCACUAAGUUCUACGUGGAUGCUAUCUUCAUUGACACUGAUCAUCUGGGCAUCACACCAGAAGACCCGCGGUGGAUCGGGGCCUGGUGGGCAGGCUUCCUCCUGUGUGGUGCCUUACUCUUUUGCUCGGCUCUCUUCAUGUUUGGUUUCCCUCAGUCACUUCCGACCAGCGAGAGAGAGGAGGGGGCUGACAGUGAGCAGGUUAUGCUUCCUCCCUCUCUGAGUGCAGACUAUGAGACUCCAAAGCCCAGCAAUGGGGUUGCACGCAACCACGAGCCUGCGAACAGCCCCACCUGCUGUCAGCAACUCAGGGUGAUCCCUAAGGUGACCAAGCACCUCCUGUCAAACCCCGUGUUCACCUGCAUCGUCCUGGCGGCCUGUAUGGAGAUCGCGGUCGUGGCUGGCUUUGCAGCCUUUCUGGGGAAAUACCUCGAGCAGCAGUUUAACCUCACCACAUCCUCAGCCAAUCAGCUGCUAGGUAUGACAGCCAUUCCAUGUGCAUGUCUGGGGAUCUUCAUGGGCGGUCUGCUGGUGAAGAAGCUGAACUUGUCGGCACUGGGAGCCAUCCGCAUGGCCAUGCUGGUCAACCUGAUCUCCACAGCAUGCUACGUCUCCAUCCUGUUCCUGGGCUGCGACACCGGCCCCGUCGCAGGAGUGACGGUCACAUACGGCAACGAGACUCUGCGGUGGGCGAGAAACCAGAAGCUCAGUGCAUCAGUCACUGCAACUGCUUCACCUCGUCCAUCAGCCCUGUGUGCGGCUCCAACGGGGUCACCUACCUGUCUGCCUGCUUGGCCGGCUGCACCCAGACGGGCAGCGCUCGGACCAAGUCCAACAUCUCCCAGAACCUGACGGGAUGCGCUUGUGUAUCACCCAACAGUGAACUGGCCACGGCCGUUCCAGGGAAAUGUCCAAUGCCGGGCUGCCAGGAGUCUUUCCUCAUCUUCCUUUGUGUGAUCUGUG